AUGGAUUACUAUUGUGUGAUUUGGGGGAAUACAUCUACCCAAAACUUGGACAGACUUCAUCGGCUUCAAAAGAGAGCUGCCAGACUGAUUUUAGAUCUUGAUCAUAAGGCACCUUCACUGCCUUUAUUUUUGGAACUUGGAUGGCUUCCAGUUCACGAGAGAAUACGAUAUUUGCGUGCCAGUACAGUUUAUAAAGCGUUAAAUAAUCUAUCUCCAAGUUAUAUCACUAGUUUACUUUUACCAUUCAGCAAAGUACGUAAUGUAAAUACUCGCGGUUCCACAAAUAACAACUUGAAGCUUCCAGAAGUAAACACUAAUGCUGGUAAACGUACUUUUGCCUUCUUGGCAGCUAAUGAAAUGAGUGGAAUUUAUUACCUGAUAGUGUGA